GUUUUGGUUUACUAUCUGCUUAUUUAAGAGAAAUUGAAAAUGAAACUGCACUGCAAUGUGGAAGUUAAUAACAGAAUCUCUUCUAUAAAUAUAAUACGACGAAAACCACAACGUUCAGUAUUAGCAAUUGGAAGACAUACAGUCAAAAGCAAUGACUUGUGCAUACUUUGGCAAACAUUGCAAAAUAAACAGGGGACUAAAUAUAAGAUUGAUAAUAACAUAGAUAAAAUAUUUACCAAAUUUAUUAAUGAAGGAAAAGCAACAAUACGUCUGAUAGAACCACCUCAUGAUUUAAUUAUUCAAUCUGAUACAAUUCAACUGAAAAGUUUUAUUCAUACAUUAAAGCUUGGAAUGUCUAAGCAAAUAGAUCCAUCAAUUUUGGCUAUUUCAAAUUUAAAUCCAAAAAGCAUGAGGUCUAUUCCAAAAAUUAAAGUUGUGGUGAACAAGUCUUCAGAGUAUCCAACUUUAGAGGGUUUUCCAAGAACGACUGAAGAAUUAUACUUGGUCGGAUUAACCAGAAAAUCUUUUGAUAGACAAAUUUUAAGGCUCCAAAGCUUGCGAAUAUUAAACUUAUCCAAUAAUCACAUUUCAUCUGUACCAAAAGAAUUAGGUUUGUUGAAGCAUCUACAAGAACUUAAUUUAUCACAGAAUCGUCUUAAUAAAUCCACCAAAUGGAUGUGGCUAGACCAACCUGGUAUAAAGUACAAUUUGAAAUUAUUAGACAUAAGUAACAACUUGUUAACUAUAAUACCACAAGAGAUUGGAAAGCUCCGUGCCCUUGUUAAUUUCAAAGCUAGCAAAAAUAUAUUGUCACAUUUACCACAAAGUCUUGGAUCAUUACCACAAUUGAAGUAUUUGGACGUGUCGAAGAAUAAUUUAAAAUAUAUACCAGGAAGCAUGAGAAAUUUACGAUUACUGACAUUAGAUGUCUGUGAAAAUGUAUUUGAUGGUGAAUAUUUGCAAUCUAUGACUAAUAUGGACGUACCCAGUUUAGUGGAAUGUGCAAGCAGAUCAGUCAUUAAAGCAAGAAUUCCAUAUGAUGCUAGUUCAAUUCCAUUUACAUUGGUAAAACAUUUAGAUGAAGCAAAGUAUUGUGUUUGUGGUAAUCCUUGCAUUCAUUAUUACAUAAGAAAAUUUGUGGAAUUUAACUUAACUGCAAUAGCUAACAGUGUGAAAUCUUCAGGAAAUGUUACAGUACCGUUUGAUUGUUAUUUUUGUUCAAGUACUUGUGUGUGUCGUUAUGCAAAAGUACAGUGUUAA